AUGGCCCACCCAGGCACCGCCCAUAAAUACACCAAAGGCCUCAUCGCGUUCGAGCAUGCCUCCCCUUCCUCCCCUUCCUCCCCACAACCACACACCAUCCUCUGGAUAGGCGGCCUAACAGACGGUCUCCUCACCGUUCCCUACCCCUCGCUCAUCGCGUCCUCCCUUUCACCAACCUGGUCUCUCGCCGAAGUCCUCCUCACCUCCUCCUACAGCGGCUGGGGUACCGGAAGCCUCGCGCGCGACGCAAAGGAAUUAGGGGAAUGCGUGGCAUAUUUUAAGGCAAGGCGGCCGGGGAAGAAAAUUGUGCUCAUGGGACAUUCAACGGGGUGUCAAGAUAUCAUGGAAUAUUUGCUGGGGAAAGGAAAUGAGGCGAGGGAGAAAGUGGAUGGCAUAAUACUGCAGGGUGGUGUUAGUGAUAGGGAGGCAUGGGAAGAUUACUACAAAGAGGGAGAGAGAAGAAAGCAGCUUGACGAUGCGAUUACGAUGGCUAGAGAAUUGGUGGACAAGGGGAAGGGAGAGGAAGUCUUGUCGCCGGAGAGUAAUCCUGUGAUCAAGGACAUGGGCGGCCCUCUCAACGCAUAUCGCGCAUACUCCCUACUUGCAAAGGGUGGUGACGAUGAUUACUUUUCGAGCGACCUUUCCGACGAACACUUCAGGAACACGUUUGGCAGGAUACCAGACACCACAACGGUAAUGGGCUGA